AGGCAGCAGCCGCGGCGGCGAGGAGGAACUUCUUCAGGAUGGAGACCUAUGUUUCUUGCCUUUGCUGGAUUCUUGGGAUCAUCUGACGUAGUCUGACCUGCAUCCACCUUACCUUUUUGACAAGGCACAUCCAUUCUUCAGGCAAGGUUUUUUCCACACAUUGAACCUUGACUAGUUAAGCAGCACACCAGAAAUAUGGAGGAGGGGGACCUAAGUGAAAGAGGAUUGCCACAAAUUGCUUCAAUCAUGAGUAGAGUUAGAGACUUGAAAAGCAAAUACAGAAAUGAAGACAAUAUCACAGAUGAGCUUAACUGUACUAAAAUCUCAGCUGACACAACAGAUAACUCGGGAACUGUUAAUCAGAUAAUGAUGACGACAAAUAAUCCAGAAGAUUGGCUAUGUUUUUUGCUUAGGCUAGAGAAAAAGGGUAUUCCUCAAAAGGAUGUUAGCCUACUAAAUAGACUCAUUGGUCGCUACAGUCAAGCAGUGACCGCAUUACCUGCAGAAAAGCACAGUCAAGAUGAGAGCUAUGCUCGCAUCCUUGUGAGAUUUGCCGAGUUGAAAGCUCUUCAAGAUCCAGAGGAGGCACGGGACCAAUUUCAUCUGGCCAGACUGAACUGCAAGAAAUUUGCUUUUGUGCAUGUGGCUUUUGCACAGUUUGAGCUAUCACAAGGAAAUGCGAAGAAGUGUAAGCAGCUCCUUCAGAAAGCUGUAGAGUGCUCUGCUGUUCCACUAGAAAUGUUGGAAACUGCUCUACAAAACUUUGAUUCACAAAAAAAGCAGUUGCUUUCGGAUGAGGAGAAAGAGAACAUAGCAGUAUCAAGCACACAAGAGUCUGGACUUCAGAGCAUAUUUGGAAAUCACAGAAGCAUGAAAAGGAACGAUUGUGGUGAAAAUUCCUCUACUGUUACCAGACUUUUGCUUGGGGAGGAAAAAUCACAGGAACUUGAUGCUCUAGUUAAUUACCACAAUCCAUUAAGACCACUAAACAAAUCUAACCAGAUCUGCCCCUUUGGGAGGGUUCCUGUUAAACUAGUAACUGAUGAUGAUGAUGAUGAUGUGGAGAAGACAGAUAUCCCACGUACAGCUAGUGUUAUGAAGAGGCAAAUAUCUGGCUCCAGGCAUACGGCCUUCAUUGCACCUUUUCCACUAUCGGAACCAAAAUCUAAUGGGAGUGAUUCAUAUGACCUGGGAGACUUAAAGUUGCAGAUGUUGGAUGAGAGCAGCUCAGAAACAGCUACCAAUUCAACUGUAACUCUCAAAGCCAAAAAUGGUACAAGUCUUGCAGUGAAAAAAGAAGAAAAUAAAGUCCAGCAUCAGGAGCUGAAGAUACCAGAGCUAAGGAGUCUUGAAAGUCAACAGCAACAAUCUAGUUCUGGUGAAAGCUAUAGAAAGCAGUUGGAGCAGAUUAGAUUAAACUGCGUUAACACCAGGAAAAAAUGGCCAAGUCAAGAAGUGACGCAGAAAAGCUGCUGUAGAGAGGGAAAACAGUCGAGCCUUGAACAAUCUGGUCAUCCCGUUUCAAAAGGAUUAUCACCACCAGAUGCUGUUACUAAGAAAAGUGAUCCAUUACAUGUUUGUGGAACGCCAAGCACCAGAUACAGUGAUUAUAUGGACUGUUUCAGAACGCCAGUUGUGAAGAACAACUUUCUACCAGGAUGUCAAAUUUCUACUCCCUACAGCCAGCUCCCAUAUUUCCUACCACAUACUCCAGCAACUCCAUUUCAAAACCAAGUUGGUUUGCAGAUUCCAACUUCUAUACCUUCACAUGAAUGUCUUGCUAUCAAAGGAAAAGUUUAUACAAUAUUAAAGCAAAUAGGUAGUGGAGGCUCCAGUAAGGUGUUUCAAGUACUAAAUGAAAAUAAGCAGCUGUAUGCUGUCAAGUAUGUGAAUCUAGAGGAAGCUGAUCAACAGACUGUUGAGAGCUAUAAGAAUGAAAUUGCUCAUUUGAGUAAACUGCAGCAACAUAGUGAUAAGAUCAUCCGCCUUUAUGGCUAUGAAAUUACUGAUCAUCAUAUCUACAUGGUAAUGGAGUGUGGAAAUAUUGAUCUCAAUAGCUGGCUCAAAAAGAAGAAAAAAAUUGAUCCAUUGGAACGAAAGAGCUAUUGGAAAAAUAUGCUGGAAGCUGUUCACACAAUCCAUGAAUAUGGCAUUAUUCACAGUGAUCUAAAACCAGCAAACUUUCUAAUAGUUGAUGGGAUGUUAAAGCUAAUUGACUUUGGCAUUGCAAACCAAAUGCAGCCAGAUGUGACAAGCAUCAUUAAAGAUUCUCAGGUUGGCACAAUGAAUUAUAUGCCACCUGAAGCAAUAAAAGAUAUGUCUUCCUAUGGAGAAAAUGGGAAAUCUCGGUCCAAGAUAAGUCCCAAAAGUGAUGUGUGGUCACUGGGAUGCAUUUUGUACUGUAUGACAUAUGGAAGGACUCCAUUUCAACAUAUAACAAAUCCAAUGAAUAAAAUGCAUGCUAUUGUUGAUCCUAGUUAUGAAAUAGAAUUUCCAGAUAUUGCUGAGAAGGAUCUUCAAGAUGUGCUAAAGCGCUGUUUAAUAAGAAACCCUAAACAAAGAAUAUCUGUUUCGGAGUUGCUGGUACAUCCCUAUGUUCAAAUUCAAAGUCACUGUCAAACAGGUGUUCCAAAUGCAAAAGGAACAACAGAGGAAAUGAAACGUAUCCUUGGCCAGCUCGUUGGCUUGAAUUCUCCCAACUCUAUUUCUAGAGCUGCUAGGACUUUAUAUGAACAGUGCAACAGUGGUAAAAGUCUUGAUGUAUCGGCAUUUGCAAAACUUGGGAGUCAAAAAUCAUGGACCACAAAAUGAUGUACUACUGUUCAAGAUGCAACAGAGAUGUUUGGUCUGUUCAAAAGAUUUUAUGCUGCUAGCUUUUAAAAAGACACUCAGCAUAAAGUUCACAUUUUUAAAUGUUCUUUACGUCUUCUGGUAAUGCUUGCAGAUCAUUAAAAAGAAUUUGAGUGAAUGCUUUUUCACUGUGGGCUCUUUCACUCUUUGCAUGCCACUUGGAUUGAACAAUGAAAAUUACUAGUUGGUGGUUAUGGUCUUUGUUACUUAUAAAACACAACAGUGUUUGGAGUACAAAAACUUGUAUGAGAAUCUUCAAGCUCUUGUGCCUCUGAAGCUAAACAAAGAAGUUCCUAGAAGGCCAACUGGUGUACGUGAAAAACAUGCAAGUGUUUUUUGACAUAUCUGCUAUGGUAUGAAUGCAGGGUAUUAUGCUGUUCUGUCCUUUGCCAACAAAUAUGUCUGUUAAUAUGCGGUCAGUUACAAUGCUGAUAUACACAUGUAAAUGUCACCUAGUUUUUGAGGUGUUCCUGUGGUUAAGUGACAUGAUGGAAUUGCUGUUCUGAAGUUACAUGAAUCGAAUGGCUUUUGUUCUAUUAAAACUGCAGCUAAAAAUCCAAUAUGCUUUUCAAAUUUCAAAAUAAUAGAAAACCCAUUGAGAUUAAUGAUGGUCAGAAAUUACUAAUUUGGGCUUUUAAAAGCAUUAAUACUAAGAACUCUUUAAAAUAUACCAAGUGUAGCAGGACCGGUUUUUAUGUGAUUGUUGGUGGGUUGAUUGGGCUUUGUUUUAAGAGCUACAUUUCUGGUGCAAGUGUAAGAAUUCUAAAUUUACCUAAUUCAGAGAUGUUAAAAUAUCUAAUAACUUUAAACUGGGGAAAAAAAAUCCCUUGCCUUCGGUUUCAUGACAGCUGCCAUCCUGCCCUUUGCCUUCUAAAUUGUGGAGCUCUCUUUAUUGAUCAAGCAUUUUGAAUGGUCUGUUUUGCCUAUCAUUCAUGAUAGCCCUGCUUAUAAAGAGCCCAACUUCAUUAUUAAAGUGUCUCUUUCAUUGUUUAGCUAUGUGAAUUGAGUAUGACAUACUCCUUGAUCAAUGAUGGAAAAAGCUGGUCAGCACAAGGGAAGCUUUCCUUGACAAUUUCUGCCUGUUGGAUUACUCAGGUCAUGUUACCUUACCUUCAGAUGAGCACUGAAAUAUUUUAAGUCUUUGUGAUAGCUUUUGUUAUUUGUGUUUAAGUUUGGAUAACUGCAAUUGGAAAAAGAUGUCAUAACGUAAUGCUUCACAGAGACCGAAGUUGAGGGAAGUUUGUCUUUUGUUGUAAGCGUGUAUUUAAAUAGUCACUUCCCCCUUCUGAGUAUUUUUUUUCUUUCAGAUUUUCUGGAUUCACAGGAUUUUUUUUUUAUUUUUUAUUUUUUUUUAAUUUUGAUCUUAAUGUCAGGUUUCACUGAUUUACCAGUUGAUUUUUGUGCCUUUUUGUUUCUGUGACUUCUGAAAGAUCAAGGCUCAAAAAUCUGAGCAGCUUGGUGCUACUGGUUACCUCUGAACCUGAACCCGGAAGAGUACUGCGAGAUCUUCAUAAGGCCUCUGAAGAAGGGGUGUAGCCUAGUUCAGUCUGCCAGGUUUUGUUACCUGACAUUGUGUAUCCAAGCACUGGAGAGCAAAUCCAGUGCCUGGAAAUUCUUUCUGCCUCUGUGGUGGAGGGGCGUGUUCAUAGCACUUCCGUCAUCCGUAUGCCAUCUGGAAAGUCGACUUUCAGCAUCACAAAACACUGGGUAGUUGUGGUUGAUGGUCUGAGGAUGUGAAUAUUGUUCUUGAGAACUUUUGUUUUCACCCUAUGAAAGAGGAAUUCCCACUGCCUUUGCCAUGUUUAUUAGCAGGGCUGAGAUACUUUUAUGUUCUCUUUGUCUAGGUAAGCUUAUCUUACACCUAUAGUAAAAAGCAUAUUGUACUGCAUGCUCUAUUCUACUUUCCCUUAGUGUUUAUAAGGGAUCACUCAUUACUGACAACUUUGAAAGUUAAAGAAAAUGCCUGGAAUAUACCUAUCUCAACAGCAAUAUUUGGGAAAAGACUUUAUUUCUAUGUUCUUGUUAUCUUUCCUCCCAUUGAUGUAUCUUUUUUUUAUUUUUUUCUUAACUUGCUUGAUAGUCCUAUAAGAACUGAAGAGUGAGAGAAGAAUAAUGCGCACUUUGAUGUCAAAUGAUGAAAGAAACUUGGAAGUAUUGUAGUCUUUCCCGAACUUUAGCUUUGAUUUUUAAAUGAAGUCUUCAGAGCUUGCUAAUGUAAUAAAAGCACUCCUUGAUAGGUGGGAAA